GUAACAAAAGAAUAGAAUAGAAGAAAGAAAGAAAGAAAAGCAUAUAGUAAUAUUAUAGGGUUUGUUUGAAAAUUUGUUGAGUCCGCUCUUUAUGUUUCAAACAACACACCACACCCACCCUAACGUCUUCACUCUCCUUUAUAUAUAACAAACUAUUUCUAACGUUUCUUCUUCUUCUUUCUCUUCCGUUUCGAUUUUGCAAAACUUUGUUCUUCGAUCUGAAUAUGCGAAUUGUGGAUUUAUCAAUCCUUCUUCUCCUUUUCAUGUUCAGUUCGGAGUUUGGUCUUGCUGCUAUUUAAAGGGAUUAUAAUGAUUUGUAGUAGAGUGGGAAUUGGGGUAUGCUUUUGUACUUUUAUGCUAGCAAAUCAUGGACGGUGACCGAAAAAUCGCCGUUCCUCCAGUGGAUGGGCCCACUGAUGGUGUUCAGAAAAUUAGAGCAUUGCACGGGAGGACUACUGGCCCCACAAGGCGUUCUACAAAAGGGCAAUGGACUCCUGAGGAGGAUGAGACAUUGCGGAAGGCUGUUCAGCGUUUCAAAGGAAAAAAUUGGAAAAAAAUAGCGGAGUGUUUCAAGGAUAGAACAGAUGUGCAGUGCUUACAUAGGUGGCAGAAAGUGUUGAAUCCCGAACUUGUUAAAGGGCCAUGGUCUAAAGAGGAAGAUGAAGUGAUGAUUGAAUUGGUAAACAAAUAUGGGCCUACAAAGUGGUCAACUAUUGCACAACAUUUACCUGGGCGUAUUGGGAAGCAAUGUCGAGAAAGGUGGCAUAAUCAUCUUAAUCCUGCUAUAAACAAGGAAGCAUGGACACAGGAAGAGGAGUUGACUCUAAUACGUGCUCAUCAGAUCUAUGGGAACAAAUGGGCAGAAUUAACAAAGUUUUUGCCUGGAAGGACAGACAAUGCUAUUAAAAACCACUGGAACAGUUCAGUCAAAAAGAAAUUGGAUUCUUACAUGGCAUCAGGCUUGCUUACUCAGUUGCAAUCUGUACCUCAUGGUGGAAAUCCAAGUCAAUCAAUGGUUACAACAUCUUCAAGGUCGCAAGGUAACGGAGAAGAUAAUGGUCUUCAAGGGACCGAAGGAGAUGAAGUUUUAGAGUGUAGCCAUGAUUCAGCUAAUGCUCUCCACUUCCCAUCCUCCAGAGAGAUGACAGGUGCUGACUUGCAAACUGUUGAGGGGUUUAAGCCAAAUGAAGAAUGUAGUCUUGGGACAGGUCGUAGUCCAAGUCAAGCAUCCUGUUCUGAGCCAUAUUAUGUAUCUAUUGAUGACGUUACUAUAUGCAUCCCAGAAACUGCUCAUCAUGAAGCAUGUUCUUCUGAAUUCAUUGAACAAUACUCACAUGAACCUGGAAAUUCCAUGAAUGAGGAUUGUCAGUUUAAUUUACAUUCCUUACCCAAUAUUUCAUCAAUGGACUUGGGGGAGGAAUCCUCACAGUUGCAAAGAGAUGGUACAGAUCCUAGUGGAGUACGUGACUUGGUGAAUGUUCCAUAUCAGACUUCAGCGGGAUUAGCUGUUUCAACGCCCAUGGAAUCUACAUCUAUGGGUUCUGCUAAACCUGAGCAUAUGUUGAUAUCUGAUGACGAAUGUUGCAGAGUCCUGUUUUCAGAGGCAAAUAAUGAUGAAUGUUUUUUCCCUGGAGAUUAUAAUAAAGGUGUUGAUACUAUUGAAUUUAAUGGACACACUGCAUAUGUUUGUCAAUCAUGUCAUAUUCAGAUAUCCGAAACUGGUGGAACCUCAACUAUGCAGUUAACUUGUCCUCAGUGUUCUAAUAAUUUUAAAGGAAUGUCAUUUUCUCAAUCCACCCAACCAUUACAUUCUACUAAUGAUAGUGGGCGUGAGUGUCAACAGUUUGUCUCCAGAGCACCCGAUAACUUCACUUAUGCCAAUGACAUGUCCAGCUCUCCUUGUGUUGAUGCUACAGAGAGUUCAGUAAUGCAAGAGCCAUCAGAUAUUCUGAAGGAUAGUUUUAUCCGUGGACCAGAUGUUAAGCAAACCUGUUAUCCAACAGAUGAAAAGCCUAACGUGGGCACAAAUAAGGAGGACGAGAGAGCUCUAUGUUAUGAACCUCCCCGUUAUCCAAGCUUGGAUGUUCCUUUCUUCAGCUGUGAUCUUGUACAAUCUGGGGGUGAUAUGCAGCAAGAAUUUAGUCCCCUUGGUAUCCGCCAGUUUAUGAUGUCUUCUAUGAACUGUCUGACUCCGUUAAGGCUGUGGGACUCGCCUGCUCGCGAUGAUAGUCCAGAAGCAUUAUUGAAAAGUGCAGCUAAAACUUUUACGGGUACACCAUCAAUAUUAAAGAAACGACGCCGAGAUUUGUUAUCACCACUUUCAGAUAAAAGAAUUGGCAAGAAACUUGAGACCGACAUGGCAUCCUCUUUGGCCAAAGCCUUUUCCAGUUUGGAAGCAGAUAUACUUUCUCCCUCUUUAUUACAAAAGCCAAACUCCGGGGCUUCUGGUUUUGAUGACGAUAAAGAGAAUUGUGAACAAGCUUAUAAAGGCAAACAAGUAGAAGAGGCUGUUAAAUCUUCUGCAAUUUUGGAAGAAAAACAGUCAGAUGCACUUGACAGUAAUUCUCAUGGUAAAGUUAGGCAGCAACCUUUUGAUGUUGAUUCUAAAAUGAAGAUUGAUGCUGCUGAGAUUAUGCUACAAUCUUCUGGGGUUUUGUCUGAACAUGAUAUGAAUGACCUGUCAUUAUAUUCAUCUGAUAAAGUUGGUUUUAGAGAUAGAGUUCUGGGCUCUAGUGAUGGAACUCCCAGAAACUUGAACAAUAGGAGCUCGGAAAUAGCUUUGAACCAGAGUGUCCCUUCAAAAUUAUCUUCUGAGAAGUCAUGCUCAAGGAUUAGCACUCCUUGCAUUCGUGCGAAGGAGCAUGAAAAUCUAACAGUUUCUGUUGCUCGUGUAAAAGCUCCAGGGGAGAAUUCAGAGGAUCAAAGUAGAAAUGACGGUGGUUAUGAAACAUGUAGCAUGUUUGGUGGAACACCUUUCAGGAAAGGUAUUGAAUCACCUUCUGCAUGGAAAUCUCCCUGGCUCAGGAAUACGUUUCUCUGUAGCCCCAGUUUUGAUAAAGAAAUUACAAUUGAGGAUUUUGGAUUUUUCAAGAGCCCGGGAGGUGAUAGAAGCUACGAUGCUAUCGGGUUGUUAAAACAGAUUGGCGAUCAAACUGUUGCUACAUAUGAAAAUGCACAGGAGAAUUUGAAAAAUGAAACUCCUAAGGCAUUACCUAAAGAUGCAACUGGUGACCAGGGAAAUAACAGCCCUAGCAAUCAGCCUGCAAACAAUUCUAAAUUAUCUUCAAAUGCUAUGCUUAAUGGGAUUUUUUCCCAUCAGGUGGAACGACGCAUGCUUGACUUUAGUGAAUGUGGAACACCGGAAAAGGGUGAUAGCAGCAAAUCCUCAGCGAGUCAGCUAUGAGCUUCUCAAGCGCUCCUCCACAUUUGUCGAAGAAUUGUAGAUAGUCCAUUGUCAAUCAUCAUGGCUUCAGCUGUUACAAUUACAGUUGUCAUUGUCAAGCUUCGUUAUAUAUAUAUAUAUAUGUAUCAUUUGUAAGAUUAGAUCUUCAUUUUCAGUUCCUACAUUGAUCAGACCAAAUUUGUAAUUGAUAUCAAAUGCACCCUCUUAUUUAACAAUACUUGCAAUGUCAUCUUCAAUGAGCCAGAAGAAUUUUCCUAUA